AUGGGAUUUGGGGGGAAAAGGCUUUUAAUAAACUAUAACAAAUCGAAUUUUAUUCGAUUUCUCUUCUGUUCUUUCAAGGAUGGAAACGGCUACAUUGACGAGCAGGAGUUGGAUGCUCUCCUGAAGGACCUCUAUGAGAAGAACAACAAGGAGGUGGACUCCAAGAGCCUGACCGGUUACAAGCAAAGCAUCAUGGCCCUGUCGGACGGAGGAAAACUGUACCGCUCAGAGCUGGAGAUCGUCCUCUGUCGGGACCCCAUGCUGUGAACCUCCAGCUCAGCUCUGUCCCAGCUGCCUGAAUACUGUAACCGUGUGCAUGUGCCGGGCACCCCGUCCCCGUCCCUUCCCUAUCCCGUCCCCGUCCUGAAGUGAGUUCUGGAUGAGUGUGCGCAGAAAAGCACAAAUCUGUCUGUUCUUUCCCUGCCCAAAACCCAAUCACCACUGCUUUCCUCUGCCUACAAACUGCAGCUACUAUGAUGCCCUCUGCUCAAUUUUUAAACUAUAUAUUUAAAAGAAAAAUAAAAGAGUCUUUCUGAAA